AUGAAACUGUGGAGGAUGAAGCACCACCUCCAAGUGUCAUACCUGCAGACCAGGAGUGCAGCACGCAGAAGCUGCAGAAGAAACAUCCCCUCAUAAAAGAAUGUUGAACAUCUUUUCACAGGAGUCUUCACAGCCCAAUAUUCCAAAGCUCUCUACCCCAUCUACUUCAACAGACAAAACAAGCUGCAGAAGAAACAUCCCCUCGUAAAAGAAUGUUGAACAUCUUUUCACAGGAGUCUUCACAGCCCAAUAUUCCAAAGCUCUCUACCCCAUCUACUUCAACAGACAAAACAAGCUGCAGAAGAAACAUCCCCUCGUAAAAGAAUGUUGAACAUCUUUUCACAGGAGUCUUCACAGCCCAAUAUUCCAAAGCUCUCUACCCCAUCUACUUCAACAGACAAAACAAGCCUGUCAAAACAGCCGUAGAAAACUAAGAAAGACCCUGAUGAGGCUCUUGCCGAUUUGAAAUUUAGUCCAGCCAAGCAGCCAGGAGUACAGCUAGAAGACCCCUCAUCUGACCGCACUCCUCUGGACUUAUUCAAACUGUUUUUCAGUGUGAACACUGUCAGAACCCUCUGCCUCCACACAAACAAACAAGCUGAUUCAGACAUACAACAUAAAAUGGAAAGGGAAAAAAAGAGGAAAAGCGUUGGUAUAAAUUAG